GUCGGCCAGCCGUUGGACAGGGGCGAUGGCACCCAAAAAUUUGCGGCUCCUCGGUUCCAGGUUCCGGUCAGCAACAUCCACCCGACCCGGAUUCCAGUUUACAUAUUAGAAUUCCGUAGCUUUUACCUACUACCUACCUUGUAUUACCCGCAACUUGAGAUGGGAGUGGCCACCGCAGAGGAACCGAGGUAGCCACCCACUACACCCAUCUCCAGUCCGAUUUUGAUUCUUUUUCCCUUCCUUUGACCGGCCAACUCUGUCAGGGGAGGUAAAAGUGCGGGGGCAUGCGGCUCGCCGAUCUGCUGGUCGACCUCGCCGCCGUCGCGGGUGCGUCGCGCUCCGUGGCGGCCAAGCAUGUCGCUCUGAGAGCAAGGCAGGCGGAGCGCUACAGCAGGGCAUCGAGCGUCGUUGGGGCUGUUGGAAGAGGCAAGGCGCCAGGGCAGGGGCAAGGGAGGGCGGCAGACGAUAACCAGCAUCAACAAGCGGAAGACGAAUGUAGGGGGGAGGCGGAAGCGCAAGCGCAAGCGGAACAUGGGAGGGAUGAUGCUAUUCAGGGCCAACGAGGAGAGCGGUUACAGCGAGAGCGUGAGCCGUCGGUUGUGAGGCCAGCUGGGGAGGCAAAAGUUCCGGCUGGGAGAGCCGAAGAUCAGGUGGAUGCCCAGGAAGGAGGGGAGGGAGCUAAGUCGGCAGUGCACCCGCCGGUGCAGGAGCCGCAGCAGACUGAGGGAGGGAAAUCCGGGUUUGUGCCCGCUCCGUGGGCAAAUGGUGCGAUUGCUGCCCUGAAGCAGAGAUUUGUCCCCCCAAGGCAGCCCCCGCCAUUAUCUACGAGGAAACCGCCGGUGGGCGUGCCGGGUGUUGAUCCCAGUCUGUUCCGGACGAGGGCCGGGUCGAAAAUUCUGGAAGCGCUGAGCGAGGUCGAGGAGAAAGGGCAGGCGCAAGAGCAGCAAUCGUCUGCUGCUCCGGCGAGGGAGGAGAGACCAACAGUUCUAGAGAACACGGUUGAGGAGAUCCGGCUCCCUCAGGACAAAAGGGAGACGGCCGAGGUGUCAGCAGCCUCUGUGAUCUCAGAAACACGACAGCCACCAUCGCCAGUGCCUGAAGAUGCUGUUCGGAAAAGGGAAACAAAACCGGAGCAUGUGGUUGAGGUGGAAAGCCGUGAGAGCACCCCUUCGCCACAGCCUAUAGUCGAAGCCCCAACGGUCACAAAAGCAGAAUCCGCCGACGGGCCAACGCUGUCCCAGGAAGACACAGGGAUGGUCGCUGAGCUGGCGGGUUCGGCACCCACGUCGACUGGUGCCCCUGGCUACCAACUCCGCGAGUCCCGCGUCCCGUCGUCAAGACUCGGCCGGCUCUGGAACUACGGCGGCCUCGCAGCGGGCAUGUUCGCCGGUGCCAUAGGAGAAGGGCUCAGCCGCGCAGUCGGUGGCGGCGGCUCAGGCUCGGUGAUGCUCAGCGCCGCGAAUAUGGAACGGCUCGUCGCAAAGCUCUCGCGGAUGCGCGGCGCAGCCUUGAAGCUCGGGCAGAUGAUGAGCUUCCAGGACGCCAAAAUGCUCCCCGCGCAGAUCCAGGAGGUCCUCCAGCGAGUCCAGGACCGGGCAGACUACAUGCCCGGCUGGCAGCGGGACCGCGUUCUUGCCGCCAACCUGGGCGACAACUGGCGCGAUCUCUUUGACGAGUUCGAAGACAAGCCCAUCGCGGCCGCCUCCAUCGGCCAAGUCCACCGCGCGACCCUCAAACCCAACGGCGCGCGCGUCGCCGUCAAGAUCCAGUUCCCCGGCGUCGCCGACUCGAUCAACUCGGACCUCGACAACCUCGCCAUCCUGCUCGCGGCCACCAAGCUGCUGCCCAAGGGCCUCUACCUCAACAAGACCAUCGACAACGCGCGCACGGAACUGGCCUGGGAAUGUGACUACGAGCGCGAAGCGCAGUGCGCCGAGCGCUACCGCGAGCUCCUCUCGGCCUCCGCCUCCUCGCCAGAAGACGCCAUCUUCUCCGUGCCACGCAUCUACCGGUCCGCCUCGGGCAAGCACGUGCUGACCAUGGAGUUCAUGGACGGCCUGCCGGUCACGCGCAUCGCCUCCUUCACGCAGGCGCAGAGGGACUGGAUCGGCACGCAGAUCCUGCGCCUCUGCCUGCGCGAGAUCACCGAGUUCCGCUUCAUGCAGACCGACCCCAACUGGACCAACUUCCUGUACAACGCCGCCACCAACCGGCUGGAGCUGCUCGAUUUCGGCGCCUCGCGCGAGUACCCGCCCGAGUUCAUCACGCGCUACGUGCGCCUGCUCGAGGCGGCCUCGCGCUGCGACCGGGACGCGGUGAAGGCGCUGAGCGAAGAGCUGGGCUACCUGACGGGCCACGAGAGCAGGGCGAUGCUGGACGCGCACGUCACGAGCGUGCUGACGCUGGCCGAGCCCUUCUUGCGGAGCGCGCCCGAGGUGUACGACUUCCGGGAUCAGACCAUCACGGAGCGCGUCAAGGCCCAGAUCCCCGUCAUGAUCCACGAAAGGCUGGCGCCGCCUCCCGAGGAGACGUACAGUCUGCAUCGGAAGCUGAGCGGCGCCUUUCUGCUUUGCGCGAGGCUCGGGAGUAGAGUGCGGUGCAGGGAGUUGUUUGAGGAGGCAUUGCGUAAGACGGGGUACAUCAGCAAAUAGGGGGGUAAGAUAAAAACCUUUUGCGGGGGUUUUGUAUUAUAGAUAGGUAGUUGUAAUCUGAGAUGUGCUAGUAUAUGUAGAU